CGUCAUUGAGACGAUGAGGAUCUAUUGUAAAAAACUUCACUUUAUUGAUUCUCCUCAUAUAGUUUGCUCGAUUUAAUUUAGUUUUACCGACAAUCUUUGUAGCCUGAUCUUUGUGGUCAGAUAUUCGUAGUUUUUGCGUAGAAGUUUAUUUACAGUCUUUCUUUCUUGUUUAUUCAAAGUUUUUCAAUCGUAACCAAACUUUUCUGCCGCUAGUGAACUGAAUUUAAGCACAAUCAUCAUGGCCCAAAGCUCUUCCUUCGCUGCUUUAAGCGCUCUCAGAAAGUUUCAGAAGAUGGGUAAGAAGGGACCUGAAAAAGGGAAGGAUAAGUCAGGUGGAGGCGACAACAGGGACGACGACCCUUCCAAGACACCAGAGCCAUACAGUUGCACUGGUAAUAUAGACACUGAUUUUACGGAGCUGUGUCGCAGAGCUCAUAUGACAGAAAUUCCACCGGUGGUGUUGAGGAGCAAGGCCCCUGGACAACCCCCACCGCCCUCACAGGAAACAAAGGGAAAGAAGAGCAAGCAUGCGACUGAGGCGCCGGAAGCGACUACUACACAGACUAACGUAACAGCCGCUGGAUCUGACGAAGUGGAGUCGGGUGCAAUGGGCAUUGGGGGGUCAGGAAGUGGCGGGGAAGGGGGAGGGGCAUUGCAGGAUACUUUCAUCCCCACAACGUAUAUUCCUAAGAGUAAUUACGACUACAUGCGUCCAGUGGUGCAGGUAGAUGCAGACCCAAAUGACAAGAAAUCAACAGUGAAAGAGAUUUAUAUCAGAAACUGGAAGGUGGAUGCUGUGAUGAUGGACAGUGUGUUGCGAGUGUGUGUGCCUGCAGUGGACAAACUACACCUGCUCACUCUCUACAAUGUGGGACUCACCAACCACACUCUGGAGACACUCGGACAUCUAGUCCAGGAGUGUCCCAACCUCAAGACUCUGAACGUGGAGGGCAGUCCAGUGGAGAGUGAGGAGUGGCACAGGCUCAUAAUGGGAGAGAACAACAAAGUGUGGAACUUGAGUCUGAGGAACAACCGGAUCACGGACUUGGGGGCCAGAUAUCUGGGCUAUGCUCUGGGCACUCCGAGGGAACAAAACUCGACUCUGGUGAAAUUGAACCUGUCAUUCAACAACAUCACUGCAGAAGGUGUCACCCUUCUCGCAAAAGGUCUGCGUAUGAACCGAUGUCUGCUGGUGUUGGAUCUGUCUAGCAAUUACAUUGGGGAUGAGGGUGCGAGGAGUCUGGCCAGUGUGGUGUCCCGUUUCAGACUCACCCACGAGGAGGUGGUCGAGAGGAGAAUACGUCAGCGGGACACAGUGUCACCCGACAGGGGCACCAACAAAUCACCGCCCUCCUCUCGCAAGACGGACAGACCUACUAGUAAAGGCACAUCAAUGGGGGAUAAGAAGUCAGCGGCUGACAAAAAGGGCGCGGGGGCAGCAGGCGCAGCGGCCGCCAAAGGAGCCAAGGGAGGGGGCAAGGACGCGGCGGCUGGAGGGGAUAAAAAAGACGACAAGAAAGGAGCGAAGGGGGCGGUCGGGGAGGCGGCAGGUGCUGCGACCGCGGCCAAGAGCAAAAAGACGAGCAACCCUCCUCCAGUGCAAGUGGAUGCAAAGGCAGCAGGAAACAAGACCCAAAGAGGAGGAAAGACAACACCCAAGGGACCCAGGGCAUUCAGUCAGGGAGAAAAUGAGAAUGGGGACAGUGGCACUUAUGAGCAGAAGCACCCACUGGAUGAGGAGGUCAACUACGAGGAGGGGGAGGGACACUUGUGGGUCAAGAUAGGCAACAGGAGUCUAAUCUCCCUCAACCUGAACAGGAACCGUAUCAGCGAGAAGGGAGCAUAUGAACUGCUACGAGCGAUGAAGUACCAGAGCAGAGUGCAUUCACAGGGACCCAAGAACGCACCUGUGGGACUCAUGCGACUUACACUCACGGGAAAUGAAGUGUCGCCACAAAGUGAGACGUAUCAGGCUAUAGUUAGACUGUGUGCAGAAAAAGACCCCCUCAGAGUUCCCACACCAACACCCCCCUCGAAAACACCGGACGAACUGGACUCACAGUCAAACGUCGGAUCCACUGGCAGAAAAUAGAAUAGAAGACAACCAAUUUAUAGAAUAGAAACUAUCAAAUUGCUAGUGACGCAGUAACAUAUUGAUAUUUCGAUUAAGUUCGGACACGCAUUUAGUUUAAAAAAUUCGCCAAUUUGAUAAAAUUCGUUUUCCAAUUUUAAUGCUUCGGACGAUCUUGAAACAUUUGAAAAAGAGGCUUCUACAUGCAAUUAUUCUAGUAAUAGCUCAGAUGUUCUUUUUUAUUUCACUCUUGUCUGUCCGAAAUUCUUGCUACUCGAAUUUGGGUAAAGGUUUCGGGUGCAAGAUGAAUUCUACGAACAACGCAAAUGGUUCGCGCGUGAGUGCAGACUUUCAAUUUGAGAUUUCUCCGAUUGCUUUUCAUGUAGAUAAACGCUUCGAGUUAUUGGGUGCUUUCUAUAAAAAUUGCUAAUACCAACUACCUACCCUUAACCCUGAUCUCACCAUGCACCGCCAUCUCUCACUUUGUCGGUAGAAGAAUUAUGAAUUAUUCACUGUAUAAAACUGCCGUAAAUGAGCCUUCUCCAAUCAAGCAAUCAGUCUCUAAAUUUCGGGCUGUCUAAAAUUCGUUGUCAUGGAAAAAGUGUUAACAAUUAAACAAAUCUCAAUUUUCUUGUGUAAAUUAACUUGUGUAAAUACGUCGACAAAUCGAGGUGUAAGUUCAGUGUUAGACUAAUUGUAAAUAAAGUUCUGAAAAUUGUAAAUGUGUUAAUUAUAUUCAAAUCAAAU